AAUCAUGAACUUAUCAACUUUCGAUUUCCCCAACAAAAUAAACAAAAUAAAACAUUGUUUACGCUCAUCUUCACUCGGUUUCUCCUCUACCAGAUAGAUCAUCGCCAUCAACAAGAGUGAUUUAAGAGACGUACGCAGAAGGAACACAUCAUCGAUUCGUUUCUCUUUCAAUCCAGAGGGGUAAUGGGGUUCUCUUCAAUACCACCACUAAGCAAAUCUCCAAAUUAAACACUUUGUGUUCAUCUCUUUCCCCUCUGUCAAAAAUAAAGAAGAAAAAAACCCUAAUUUAGUACCCUGAAAAACCCCUAAUUUCAUUCCCCGCAAAGCGAAAACCCCUUUGCUUUUCCAGAUUCACCCACAAGUAUAUCCACAUUUGAUUUCUGGGUUUUUGAUUUUCGAAACCAAACAUGACCUCCUUGAAGCCCAUUUUGUCUCACAUCGAUAACAUCCCCUCCACUCCGGGAAAAUUCAAGCCGGACAAAUCAUCUCUGUACUACCUUCACCACCGUUUCCGCCUCCAUAGCACUGUCCCAAGAAUAACAUUUUGGUCGCUCGUUUUUCUGGCUUUGAUCUCUUUAUUCUUCUUUAUGUCGCCGCCUUCCACCACCGCCCCUCGCCGCGGCCUCCGUACCACCGCUUCCUACGGCGGAUCGGGUUGGGAGAAUCAGGUCAAAGCAUCUGCUAAAAUUCGUUCGCGCAAUGGUCAUUCGGUACUCGUCACCGGCGCCGCCGGUUUCGUCGGUGCACACGCGUCGCUCGCUCUUAAACGCCGUGGAGAUGGUGUCGUCGGACUCGACAAUUUCAAUUCGUACUACGACAUUACCCUAAAGAAAUCACGAAAAUCACAACUCCUUGACCGCGCCGGCGUGUUCGUGGUUGACGGUGACAUAAACGACGCAGUUCUCCUCCGUAAACUCUUCGGCCUAGUCCACUUCACUCACGUCCUCCACCUUGCGGCGCAAGCCGGUGUCAGGUACGCCAUGGUAAACCCUAAUUCCUAUAUCAAAUCAAACGUCGAGGGAUUUGUAAACCUCCUAGAAGUUGCGAAAUCAACAAACCCUCAACCUGCAAUCGUCUGGGCAUCUUCUAGUUCGGUUUACGGCCUGAAUUCGAAGGUACCCUUCUCUGAAAAAGACCGAACCGAUCAACCGGCAAGCCUCUACGCCGCCACAAAAAAAGCCGGUGAAGAAAUCGCUCAUACUUACAACCAUAUCUACGGUCUUUCAAUCACCGGGUUACGUUUCUUUACUGUAUACGGACCUUGGGGUAGACCAGAUAUGGCGUAUUUCUUCUUCACUAAAGACAUCUUGAAAAGACGACCGAUUUCCAUAUUCGAAGGGCCUGAUCAUGCUACUGUGGCAAGGGAUUUCACGUACAUUGAUGAUAUCGUGAAGGGUUGUUUAUCGGCUCUGGAUACUGCAAAAAAGAGCACCGGGAGUGGAGGGAAAAAGAAGGGCGAAGCACAGUUUAGGAUCAUUAAUUUAGGGAACACUUCUCCUGUUUCAGUGAAUAAACUAGUUAGCAUAUUAGAGAAACUGUUGAAGGUGAAAGCUAAGAAGAAGGUGGUUUUGAUGCCUAGAAAUGGCGAUGUGCCAUUCACCCAUGCAAAUAUCAGUUUGGCUCGGAAGGAGCUUGGAUACAGACCCACUACAGAUUUGGAAACAGGGCUAAAGAAAUUCGUGAAAUGGUAUCUUGAUUAUCAUGGUGCAAAGAAGAAGAGUGCAUGGUGAAUUGAGAUAAAUCAGGUUUGUUUUAACUCAUGAACCCUUCUUCCAUUAAUUUGGUUUGAUGAUUUGUAUGCAUUCAGCAUUCUUUUUGAACACUUUAGUGGAAGUGGAAGUGGAAGUGGAAGGAAGACUUUACUGUUUAGAUCGAGUUAUGUGAGGUCAUAUGUACAGUCUGUUGACUUGGUUCCAUUCAGAUUUGUACGUACUUAGUGUUGGUCAGAUGGAUAUAAUCCUUAUUUCCUAUAUCUAUUAUUAUUUUUAUUAGUUUUUAAUAUUUAGUAUGAUGAAUUGAUGAUCUAAAUAACCUAAUUAAUAGGUUGGUUUUCAGGUUUAUUCAUCUAGACUUACUUUUCA